GCUAAUAUGACGGUAAUGUUGCCGUAGAACAACAAAUAUUAUUCAAAGCGUAGAUUCAAGAUUGUAGAACGUUGUGAAUUGUGAUUUGUAACCAUUAGCUGUUCUGUAUCGGUGUUAGUGUUUUUCAUCCGAAUCUUGUUUUCGUUUCUGCUACCUUUCAAAAUCAUUUUAGUAAACAUGCGAUUGGGCGAUAGAAACCGUGACAGGAGUCGCAGUCCACUAAGGUCUCGAAAAAGUGGAUGUAAAAAAGUUUUUGUCUCGAACAUACCAUAUGAAUUCAAAUGGAAGGAGCUAAAAGAGUUGUUCAAAAAAGAAGUUGGCGAUGUGUCUUUUGUAGUUGUAUACUCAGAUGAAAAAGACAAAUCUAGAGGCUGUGGUACAGUUGAGUUUGACAGAGUAGAUUCAGCUCAAAAGGCGAUUGAUAAAAUGCACCGUUUUGAUAUAAAUGGAAGAAAAUUAGUAGUUAAAGAGGAUGAUAUUGAUAGAGAUAAGACUGGACGUCCAUUACCAAAUGGACCACGUAGUAGCGGUGGUGGCGGCGGGGGCGGUGGCGGUGGCGGUGGUGGUGGCGGUGUUGGCGGCGGUGGUGGUGGGAAUAUCCCAACCAGUAUCAGAAGUGCUAGUAGAAUGCCAGUAUCAGAUGAUUUCCAAUGGGACAAUACAUAUGGACUCUCACCUCAAUUUCUAGAAUCACUACAUAUCCGUGGGCCACUUAUCAAUCGCAUUUUUGUUGCUAAUCUCGACUACAAAGUUGAUGAAAAAAAAUUGAAAGAGGUAUUUAAACUUGCUGGACGAGUAUUAGAAGUUGAAAUAUUUUCAGAUAAAGAAGGAAAAAGUAAAGGAUAUGGAGUAGUUGAAUAUAAUCACCCAGUAGAAGCUGUUCAAGCUAUUUCUAUGUUCAACAAUCAAUUUUUAUUUGAACGUCCAAUGUCUAUACGUCUUGAUCGUACAGAUAAAGACCCAUUAGCAAGACUUCCUGAAGGGUUGAAAUCAAUAGGAAUGGGUUUAGGUGCAGGCGGAGCACCAUUGCAUGAUGUUGAAAGAAAUCUACCUUCAAAUAAUACUUCAUCUAAUCAAUCUCAGUCAUUAUCUACGCCUGUUAAUACAUCUGCUUUGGCUGUAUUAAGUGGAUUAAGUGCUGAUAGAUUGGGCAUUGAGACCCAGAAUAGACGUUCUCUUGGUGGAGUCAACGGACUGGGAAACUUAAGUGCUAGUGAUUUAGGCAUUGGAACAGGCUUAGGAGCUGCUUUUGGAUCUGGUAUGAAUACUAGUGGAGCUGGAUCGAUGAAUAGUUCUUCACUACAUCAAAACUCACUAGGUGGUCGUGAUUACGAUUCUUUAUCACUCGGUGUACGAAAUUCAAAUAGUGGUGGUGGCGCCUUUGGUGCAGACUUUAGAUCUGGUUUGGGUGGAGGUGAUAUGCAUAUGGGUAUGGGCCCGAAAAAAUCUGACACAAUUAUGGUAAAAAAUUUACCAUCGAAUACAACAUGGCAAAGCUUAAAGGAUUACUUCCGUGACUGUGGAGACAUUAAGUUUUCCGAGGUUGGAAGUAAGGGAUUUGGAAUUAUUAGAUUUGCAUCUGAAUGGGAUGCUGAAAGAGCAAUAACUUUAAAAAAUAUGUCAAGAUUUGAUGGUCAUCUUAUUGAAGUAGUAUAUUUCUAACUACAAGUGUAAGUAACCAUUUUUAUAACUCAGAAAUAAUACAUAAUUUUAAUAAAUAUUCUAGUGUAAUACUUUAUGUAUGUAGACCAGUUUAAUUCAAUAUUUAUUGUAACAUAAUUAUUGUCUUUUUUUGGCAGUUACUGAAAUUGAAGGCUUAAAAUAUUUUUCCAAUAGGCUAAUGACUCUGUGUGUUUGUGUUUUAGACUUCAGUACUGUUUAAAAAUAACUUUUUGGAGAUAAUAAGACAUUUUAUUCUUGGUCUAUUUUUAUAUUUUUGAUUUUAUUAUGUCUGUCAAUAUCUUCUUUUUCCUAUUUCAAGAAUUGAGAAUAAAAUUGAAUUAGUUUGUAAAA